ACCGAUAAAACUUGUCAAAAUUUUAUUUCAAUAGAAUAUUUUUUUAAAGGCAUAUAAUAUUUUUUUUAUUAUUAAAAUUUAACACAAAUAUAUUAAAAUAAACAAGGCAAAAUAAUGUUCUCAUUGCGUUUAAUAAAUUCGUUAACGAGAUCCCUUAAGAGAUUUACAAAAAAUUCAAAAAUAGUGAACACACGACACUAUGCUUCAGCAGAAGAUCCGCGAGUAACGAAAGGACUAGUCAUUGGCGUUUUUCAAAAAGAAGGUGAUAAGGAUCCCAAAUUAACUACAAGCGGUGAAAAAUUUGAUGAUCGCGUUCAGGGAAAAGUAUCAGAAUUAGUGAAAGAAUGCAAUAUCACCGGACAAUUGGGUAAAGGCAAAAUAUUCAACAACAUAGAUCAAGAAUAUCGAUCAGUCGCUGUAAUUGGUUUAGGCCGCGAGGGAGCUGGAUUUAAUGAAUUAGAAAUGAUUGAUGAAGGAAUGGAAAAUGCUCGCAUUGCCGCUGGUGUCGGUGCUCGCACUUUACAAAUGCAAGGUUGCUCAGAAGUUUUCAUGGACUCUAUGGAAUAUCCUGAACAAGCCGCCGAGGGCAGCGCUUUAGCAAUAUGGCGUUAUAAUGACAAUAAGCUGAAAAAGAAUCGUACUAUGGUGCCCAAAUUAGAAUUGUAUGAUUCUCCAGAUGUUGAUGCCUGGACUCGUGGGCUUUUUAAAGCCGAAGCACAGAAUUUAGCACGUCGAUUGAGUGAUGCUCCUGCUAACCAAAUGACACCAACAACAUUUGCCCAAGCCACAGUCGAUGCUUUAUGUCCAUGUGGUGUUACUGUUGAAAUACGUACAAUGGAGUGGAUAGAACAGCAACAUCUAAAUUCGUUCCUCACCAUAGCCAAAGGAUCUUGCGAACCACCGGUAUUGUUGGAAAUAAGCUAUUGUGGUACUGCGCCCGAGGAUAAACCUGUUCUAUUAUUGGGUAAAGGCAUGACAUUUAAUAGUGGUGGUAUUUGUCUGCGUCCCAGCAAACACAUGGAUGAAUAUCGUGGUGCUAUGGCUGGUGCAGCCGUAUGUGUUGCUGCCAUACGUGCAGCCGCUGCCCUUUCGUUGCCGAUUAACAUUUCAGCCGUUAUUCCUUUAUGUGAAAAUAUGCCUUCUGGUAUGGCUUGUAAGCCAGGUGAUAUUGUUACCCUACUUAAUGGUAGAACAUUGGCUAUAAGAGAUACAGAAAAGGCUGGUGUUGUGGUAAUGGCAGAUCCUUUACUUUAUGCUCAAUCUACUUAUAAGCCUCGUUUAGUUGUUGAUGUUGCUACUAUGGGUAAAGGUGUUGUAAAUGGUCUAGGUGGUAGCGCUACGGGCAUAUUCUCCAAUUCUCAUUAUAUUUGGAAGCAAUUCCAAAAGGCUGGUGCUCUUACGGGUGACCGUAUGUGGCGUUUGCCAUUAUGGAAUUACUACAAGAAACUAGUUACAGACAAUAUAAGUUUCGAUAUUAGCAAUAAUGGUAUUGGCCCAGCUUCAAGUUGUUUAGGUGCUGCUAUUCUGCACGAAUUCGUACCCUGUGUUGAUUGGGCUCACUUAGAUAUACGAGGCGUUGGCAUGUUAACACGUUUCGGCACGGUUCCAUAUUUAUUAAAAGAUCGUAUGACGGGACGGCCCACAAGAACUUUAAUACAAUUUCUAUAUCAAAUGGCUUGUCCAGACGCACAGGCAAAAUAGUUAUUAACCUUUGAAAUUGAAAAAGUCAAUGAAAUGGAUUUUCAUGAUGUGUUAGUGCGUUUGUUUGGUGAAAGUAUGAUUCAAUCAAAAUUCUAUUAAGAGUGCAUUCAACAUUUCUAUUUUGUGAAUUUUACUUGUUUAUUAAUUGUUUAGACAUAUAUUUUCUUCAAAUAUAUAAUUUUUGUAUAAAAA